UUGAGCCAUACAUUUCAGGUGGUGAAGUGUCCACUUUGCCAGGAGCCUUUCCGCGAACCAAAGGUCCUUGCCUGCUUCCACUCAUUCUGCAAGGCUUGCCUCGAACGACAAAUUGACUCUGCAGAAAAAAUUGUUUGCCCUCAGUGUCACAUGGAAACACAACUUAGUGUCCAACUUGGCCUCGAUUCCCUCCUUUCCGACUAUGGUCUUGAGGCUGUUCUUUCUCGUCCUAACAUAACCGAAGAUAAAGGAUUGCUGUUUGGCUCUCCCAGUUCUACUUCCUCAUCCCCUCCCCUUUCUGACUCACCAUGCGAUCAGAAUUCUAACACAACAAACCGGUCGGCAUGUACUGGAUGCAAGUCUGGAGAACGCGCAUCCCACUACUGCCAGGAAUGUACUCACUAUCUUUGCACCAACUGCACGAUGGCUCAUCAGUACAUGCAUUGCUUUGAAGGGCAUCGUGUUGAAGCCAUCUCUCAAAUCCAAGUACCUUUUCAUUAUAGGCAUUGUUCUUUUUUACGCUUUUCCAAACGAAUAACACUUAAGGCACCUGCUCCACCCGCUCCACCUUCAAGCGCCGCUUCAGCUCACGAACGUGCCUGUAAAUGUUUGCAACAUCGUGCUCAGCCACUACGCUUUUUCUGUCUUACCUGCAAUUUGGCUAUCUGUCGCGAAUGUACGCUUGUGGAACAUGCACAGCCAUCUCAUCAAUAUGAACCCAUCAGUGAGGUUGCGGAUAAACAGCUGAACACAAUGGAAUUGCUGGUGAAUGAAGCACGCAAUAAGCAUAUCGAGCUGUUAGAAAUGUUCAAGCAGGUGGAUGCUUCCCAACAGCGUCUAAGUGCGAGUUUGAGUCGUGCUCAUUCACAGCUAGACGAUAACGUGAACGCUCUUGUGCGCAUCAUAGACGAGGCGCGCAAAGCUGCCGCCAAGGAAAUUGACACCGCCUUCUCAGCAAAACAGAUUCAACUCACUAUGGUGGAUAAGCGCAUUCAACAGAUGACAGAAAAACUUAGUCAAACUAUCGAUUUCACUACUCGACUAGUCAAAUACGCAUCUCCUACUGAAGUGAUGGUGUUCAAGCAACUAUUGGACACUCGGCUUCAACUAUUCCUAGCUUUUAACCCUGAUGCCUCAAACGCUUUGGGAUCUUCUUGCGAAUUGGACUUGCCGCCGCUGAACAUGGGUGGUGCCCGGCAAGUCAUUCAAAGCUUACUUGGUCAAGUACGUGGUGGUGCUGCAGACUGGAGUGGGCAAGCUAGUUCACAAACGGGAAUGCCUCCAACACCGAUUGGUAGACCGCCAAGUAGACAGCUUGUGCGCUCCCCGCCUCAGGCCCACAGUGUUCCCCUUGCCCCAAACGUGUUCUCCGAGCCUAACAGCUUUCUUCGUCCCAGAAACGAAUUUGGUGGCUCUAGUCAAUCUCUUGGAAAUUUCGCCAGCGACGUUUCAUCCUCUCUUUCACCCGCGACUCUGAAAACCCAGACAUCUGCUUUUACCACCUGA